AUGGAACAUGAAGUUUAUAUUCACAAUAUCAAAGAAUUGAGAGUCUCUACAGGUGAUUAAGUCAAAAUCUGUGCUGUUAUGAAAGAUGAUGCUUAUGGACAUGGAAUUGAAGUGAUGAUGGAUUCAAUUGUUAAAUCAGGAGUUAAUAUAUCAGUGGUAUUGAAAUUGUGAAUUUAGAAUCAUGAAUAAAUGGUUUAAAGAACACAAUAUUAAUCAUGUGAGAUUGCUUAGAAAUGCACCAGCUACUUGAGAAGAAUUGAUUGAAUCUAUAAUUAAUAAUAGGGAUGUUGAAGAAGUUAUUGGAUCAUCAGAAUAAGGUCAAUAUUUGACCAAAAUUAUAAUUGAGUUAUCUUAAAAACUUGGAAGA